AUGACAAAAUCCAAGCACAAUCACUCUCGCAAGCCCAGCAACGCAUACUCCACCCUCCCCACUCACUCUACCACCCAUUCCUCCGAUUCUGAAACCUCAUCCCCUGCCUCAUCCAAAAAGUCUUCAACCCCAUCAAUCGAUAUCAGCGAUAUCCACAGCCAUCUCUCAACCCUGGAAGACGAACUCAAGAUCAGUCUCAGCAAUGUGAUUCUGCAAAGUCUGAACAAGAUGAGAGCUCAGGGUCAAGAUGGCAAGGUGGACAAGUGGGAGGAAGGUGUUGAUGAGCUGAUGGGAUCUUGCCGCAAAGAAGUGGACUAUCAUGUUCAUGCGUUGGCUGAUCAGUUGUGGGAGAAGAGGGGUUGAUGAAAGGUGAAUUGGUUCGUGCUACGAACCAUUUUACAUGCUUCGAACGACAUUAGUAGCAAGCAAAGCAAGGAAAGCUUGCAGAGAUUGCUGAAAGGUUCGGAUUGAGCCCCUAGAGACAGGCAGAGAAGCACAGAUGCGUGCAAAAAGGGAUAUCCAGGAGAGUUGGAGCGUGGAAUAUUCUCCAAG